AAAUACCUCUUCCCUUCUUCUUUCCUUUCUCCUCUCUCUCUUCUUUGCUUAUACCUCUUGCACUCUUAUCUUCUACUCUUCUCGGAGGUCACAAGUAGUAUUUGGCAACGAAGCCACCACCUCCGCCGCACCAUAAUCUUGAAGGAAAAAAAAGUGGUGUGCACGAGAAACGAGAAAAGCGGUUGGAGUUCAGUUUCUUGGUUUUUCCUUUCUCUGCUUUGUAUUGUCCCAAACAAAACAAAACAAGGAACGCAGUCGCACCUCUUCCCAACGCGCUUCACUCCAGAGCGUGUUGUCAGCGGUGAAGAAAAACCAAGGAAAUUGGUGUCUGAAGAGUUGACAGAAAUUACUAUUGCAUAUUCUAAUUGAAUAUGAAAUAUAUAUUUCUUUUCCUUGUCAUUUUCAAGAUUAUCAAGAGGAGAUUGACAAAGUUACAAGAGACUAUGGGAUUUCAAACAUCAAAUAGUACUAAACGGAUAGCACAGUCAAUUUUCAAAGCAAAGGAGGACUCAAUUGAUGCACAUGAAAACUCAUUAAUUCAAAGGACCACAAAGAACUUCAUUGAUAAUACUCAAACCAAUACCACCGAAUAUGAUUCAUGGGUGGUAAGGUACCCUUCUGCAUUGAACUCGUUUGAUACACUUAUGAAAGCAGCCACUGAAAAGAGGAUCAUCGUUUUUUUGGACUACGAUGGUACCUUAUCACCAAUUGUAAAUGAUCCUGAUCGUGCUUUUAUGUCUGAUGAGAUGCGUGCAACAGUAUUUGAAGUUGCUACUUAUUUUCCUACAGCAAUAAUUAGUGGAAGAAGUAGAGAUAAGGUAAAAGAUUUUGUGAAGUUAAAUAAUUUAUAUUAUGCUGGGAGCCAUGGGAUGGACAUAAUGGCACCAUCAAUGCCAGUCAGAUCUUCUGACAGCAAGGAUUUUGACAUCGUCCGUAACACAAAUGAUAUUGAAGUUCCCUUUCAACCUGCGAAGAAGUUUUUGCCUGCAAUUCGAGAGUUAUUAAGAAAACUAGAGAAUGAAAUUAAGGAAAUAAAAGGAGCAAUGGUAGAGGACAACGGAUUUUGCAUCUCUGUACACUUCCGGCAGGUCCAAGAAAAGGAUUAUGACGUUUUGGAAGAGAAAGUGAAGUCUGUGCUUGAAAAUAAUCCACAAUUUUGCUCAACAGAGGGUAAAAAGGUUAUGGAAAUAAGGCCAUCUAUAAAGUGGAACAAAGGAAAUGCCGUAGAAUAUUUUCUUGACACAUUAGGAUUAAGCAGUUGCACUGAUAUCCUUCCUGUGUAUAUUGGUGAUGAUAGAACUGAUGAAGAUGCUUUUAAGGUCAUACAGAGCAGAGAGCAAGGUUAUCCAAUCAUAGUGUCUUCAGUUCCAAGAGAAACCAACGCUUUGUACUCUUUGCGUGACCCAUCGGAAGUACUAAUCUUUUUGUCAUGGUUGGCCAAAUGGAAGAAAGCCUCUUACUAAAGUAUGCCUUUAUCAUCAAAGAGGUUGGUGGUUGGUUUUGACCUUGCAUAGGGUUGUGACUUACCCUAAUCUAAACUUUUACAUUAUCCAAAAAAAUAAAAAAGCAGGUCUUUAAAUUUUGGUUAAGGCAUGGAUCAUCUGAGAGAGAACUUUGCCAAGCACAUAACAACUUCCCAAGAUAGAUUUGGAAAAGUGGGAAGAUUGUUAGUUUCUUUUGAAGUAGUUGGUUUGUAAAAUAACUCUGUAUAUUUCCUGCUUGUAAAAAAGAUUUGGAGAAAGAAUAACUUCUCAUCUUUUGACA